AGGGACUGAGGUCCAGGGACCCGCAGGCAGGUAAGGGCGGGACUGGCACUAGGACUGCCGGGGGCCACGUGAGUCACCACCCUGAGGCCAAAGCCCUGAGCUUGCCCACCCUUAGGCACCAGACACGGGUGAAUCCUGCGUGGGGGACACUAGUUCCUGGCAGGCCCUCCUGAGUGUCCCUGAGUGUGAGGCGCUGGCCUUGGGCAAGGGAGUGUGUGCAGUAACUUACCAGGGUGUGGCUGCAACCUCCCUCUCCUCAAACUGUGAGGGACCUGGGCUACUCAGAGCCACCAAUACUACCUGCAAGGAGCCCUGAGGUCUGCUUUGGGAUCCCCUCCAGGCAAUCUGGCUUUGGUCCAGAGUCUAGUUGUUCCUAUGCAGGUGUGGCCUGGCUUGGCUACCGUGUGCCUGCCCACAGCUUGCCUGUUAUGUUUGCCUGGCAGUCCUGUCGACAAUCCCUUGACCUACCUCUCAGGAAGGCCGGUUGGUUGCAGCUGGAGGGCCCCAGCGGGGCCAGCAGCCAUGGUGAGCUCUGGGACCCUUGAGGUGGAGAGCAUGCCAGGUACUAGGCCUGUGCAGCCUGAGCUUGCCCUGUGACACCAGCUGGCUCACAGACCUGAGUGUUGAGUGGCCUGACAUGCUGAGGACACAGCUCCUUGUUGGUGGUUCUGCCUCCACUCCCAGGGCUCCUUCAGGCAUGAAGAAGGGUUAGGGGCUCCAGGCUUCAGCCAUAUGGAUCUGCAGUCACUUUCCACAAUUCUGAGAUACAGUCUAGGUGACCACAGCAUGACCACUCAAGCCUUUCUGGAGACCUACAGUCUGGGGUGACUGUCGCCUGCAGGGCCUCUAUUACCAGGCAGUCAGCCUGAGUGUGAGCAAACCUAGAGCAGGUGUGGGCAUGAGCCAGCUCGGCAGCCUGUCACCUUAGCAAGAGUGAGAGUGGUGGCUGUGUGGACGGUGAGUCUGUAUUGGGCGCCUGUGGAGGCCGGGGAGGGGUGGGUACCACAGGCUGCCAAGAACAUGUUUAAAAAAGGCCUGUGUGGAUGGGCUUAUUUCUGGCUUUGGUGAGCAGGCGUGUUCUUGUCACUCAAAUGUUGCGGGCUGUGGGGCAGAGAGAAGCGGGGUAGGUGGGCAGUGGAUGCAGGCUGAGAGGGACAUGUCUUGCUGGGUCUUCAGUCCUAACUCUGGGCUGAGGUGGGUGCUGGGGGUACGGGUGGGGUGGACUGAUCUGAGCUCUCCAAUGUGGCUUCUACUUGCCUGUCUCAGUUUUUCACUGCCCAAGUGCACUUCAGUUUUUUCUCCUGAUUUUAAAAGGGCACAUUCUUUAUUGAGAACUUGUAAAAUGCAGGAAAUUUUUUUUUUUAAAGAAAUCAUUUUCAAAAAUCAAUUCUACUCCAAAGAGCUGGGCUGUCGCCUCUCCUCCUAGAGUUACCUGGCCCUCCAUAGCCUGAUUGUCGUGAGCCCUUCUUGUGAGUUCAGAGUUUCCUUACACGCUGUCCUGUGACUUUGACCUGCCACCCACAAGUGGUGGGUGCUCAGACUGUUCUACCCUGCUGGGGUAGAUGGGGGUGCAGCUUGUCCUUCCUCUGUUCUCACAGCUGGGUUCUGGAUUCAGGGACUCUGGCACUGUGAGGUGCAGGUUCUCUUGAGGCACCACAGGCCAUUCCCUGCCCCUUGCCCUGCAUAUGAUCCACUCAGCCUAAGAGAAGAUGCCUUAUGUGCCCUGUGGCAGCACAGAGGACCAGGUACAGCCACUGUCAAGCCAAGAGAGCCUUGCAUCCCCUGGGGACCUGGUUCCCCCACACCCUAAUACCAUAUUCCCUGGGCUCUGGCUUGCCCCCACCUCACCUCUGCUGGGUUCCUGAGAAGGGCUCUGUGAGUUGGGCCAGGCCCAUUAGUGCCCCCACAGCUUGGCAACUGAAGGAAGAAGGGUCCAGACAAUCCCCUUCUGUGAACAGGCCUCUUGUCACUCAGCACCCACACUUCCGCUCUAUUUCCAGGCCCAGGCCCAGGCCCAUUAUAGAUUGACUUGUGCUCAGGAGGGAGCAGCUUGUUCCUGUGCCCUCCUGUCCCACGUAGGUCUCCUCUGUUAUCUGCCUCUACACCUUUGAUGUCACUGGACUCUGAGUGGCCCAGGCCCCCUCACUGCACUUAGUAAACACCAGUUACCCUCUUCAGGGAAAGUCCUCACAGGGUGCAGAUCUAGGGGCCUAGAGGAUCAAAGACCCUACCUUAGGUCAGCACUGAGGGUUUGGAACUAGCAGGACAUUCAAACGUGACCAUUAAAAGCUGGAGCAUGGAAAGGACCCUGGAGGUGAGGACGGUGUGCACCACAGGGCAGGUUCCCAGCAGCCUUCCUCCUCCAGGAAACUUUCUGAGUUCCUGGUGAGGUCAUGUCCCCCUGUACCACAGAAGCCCUUCAUACUGUGGUUCAAUGCCAGGUGCUAGAAGGGGGUCCAAGGGUCACCAGUCCUCCACCCCUUCCCUUUCCUCUGCUCAGAGCCAUUUUGCGGAAUGAUGGGGACCCUGAGAACAUCAGAGGGCCAGGAAGCUUGGUUGAUCGCAGUGCCUGGGGCUGGACUGGGCCAUUUUGUCUCUGUCCCAGUUCCUGUGGGCAGAUUUCUGGGAUGGCACAGCUGGUCUCCAAGAUGGACCUGAACACUCCCAAGGCACAGCCCGGGACAGCAGGAAAUACAGCCUGUGACAGGCCCAGGGAGACAGAGCCACUGGCAGUGGCUGCAUAGAGCGGGAUGGGAUGCAUCUGGCCUGGGGGUAUACCUGGUCUUUUAAACCCCAGUUUUCUCUUCUGCUCAGGUAUCUGCAGGGAUCAGGUGGUGGUGGUGGGGAUAGGCUUCUUGUGGCCAGAGCCCUUACCCAACCUGACCAGGACAGAGUGGCUCUGCAGCCACUAGUCCCAGAUACCCCUGCUGGUGAGUGCCACUCUCAAAUACAAAACAGUGCUACUGAAGAACCCAAUUUGUUUAUUUAUUUAUUGAUUGAUUGAUUGAUUGAUUGUUAAGGAUUUAAUUAUUUAUUUAUACAAGCACUGGGUACAGUCAGAGUGCGGGAGGGUGAGAGAAUUCACCAGAGGCAGAGCGGGGAGCAGAGCAGGCAGACUGAUGAAGUGCAUUGCUGAGGGGAGCAGCGGGUGGCAGGAGAGGUCUGCGCACCAUGUGGGACCCUCGCCCAGCGGCUGGGGAUUGAACUGGUGCUGCAGAGGCUGCUGGCAGCUUCGCAACCCAGCGCUCAACUGCUGCGCCACCAGGGAGGCCCUGAAGAACCCAAUUUAAAUGAAAACUGCUGAGUUAAAUCUUCCAUUCCAUAUUUAGCUGUGGUGAGCAUGUUGCCCCUAUAGAAGACUUAGCCCCACUGUGUGAUGUCUCCCUGCCAAUCCAAGUGGGCCUCAGGGAGGAGGACUUGGAACUUUAGAUUUGGGCACUCCCCUCCCCCCAGGCCUACCCCUUCUAGAUCUGCACUUCCAGCAGGAGGUGACCCACCCCUGCUUGAUGAGGCCAGUCUGGAGUGCACCAGCACUUGGGCAAAAGUAGGUGUCAUCCCUGUUUGCAGAGGGCCCCUUCCAGAGCCUAGGACAGACAUGGUGGCCUGGGUAGUGCUGUCUGCCGGACCUUGCCCAUGAGAACUUGCUGUCCUCAUAUGUUCUCAUGCUGCUCAGCCCACAGCCUUCCUCCUCCAGUAAAUUUUCCAGAAUUCCUGGUAAAGUCAUGUCCCCUGGGCCCCAGAAGACCAGAGAGGUUAAGGGGCAUCCAGUGAUAGUCUGGGUUGGCCAGGACUGGGCCAGUGGAGGGAGGGGUGUGUGUGCGUAUGCAUGCAUCUAUGUUUGCACAUGAGUAAGGAUGCAGGUGUGCCUGUUUGUGUGUGUCAGCAUGUGCUUGAGUGUGCAUGCCUGUACGUGCAGAUGCUCCAUUCUACUGUAUGUUGAUGUGUGUUCAUGCACACCUGCCUUGUGUGUUACUUUGCAUGAACAUGUGACAGUAUGCAUGCUUGUGUGGUGUACACAUGUGUCUCAGCAUGUUUGUGUGCUGUGUAUACGUGUGCAUGCAAUUGUUCCUGCAUGCUCACCUGGAUGUGCAUGCGUGUCUGUGCACAUGCCUGAGUGUGCUCUUUCAUCUCUCCUCCCACUUAGCCCAUGUAUUUCCCCAGGCGGCUGAGUUCUAGUCCUGGCAGAAUUAGCCAGUGAGCCAGUCCUCGUUGGGUAGGACCCAGGCCUUUAUGGCACCUCCUGGGGUUGGAGACCACUGGAGACGGUCUCAGGGGAAGAGUGUGUGGGAGUGCCUGACCCUGGGUCUGAGCCAGGCCUUGGUGGCUGGAGAUGGUGAGCAGGUCAGUGGCUCAGGUCCCAGUCAGGUAUCUACUCCCCCCUUCAGCCUUCCACCCCGCUCUCCCCUGCUUGCAUGCCAGGCAGGUGGGUUGAUGGUAUCCACCUUGAGGCCCCCACUGCCUCAGAGCAGGUGUUGCCCUCUACAGUGAAGUUUUCCAGAUAUGCCCUGUUGUGGUACAGCAGAUCUCCCCCGACCCUGGGUAUCUCACUGAGGGACAGCUCAGGGAGGAUAAAGUCAUGCAGGCUGCCCUGACUGGUGGAAGCUUUGGUCAUUGUGGGGGUGGGGUGGCAUGUGGGGUUCAGUCCCCUUCUGCCUGGUAAUGGUUCAAAUCCCAGCACAGAUGCAGACUCCCUCAAGAAUUUUGAUGUUCACUCCUUGUCUGUAUAGUGAGGUGGGGGUGGAUAGGAUAGCUCCUGGUGGUUGGGGGGGUGGCAUUUGUGGGGCAGGGCACUGACCUCCCCAAUGUGUCCUGCCUGCUGCCCCUACGUGCCCACCCAUCUGUUGCAGCCCAUGUGUACAAUGUUUGCUUGUCCUAAGCCAGCCCCAGAACAUCCAGCCAGUCCCCUUCCUUUUCUAUAACAGGCUGACUGCACUGGUGCACAGACAGUGCAGGUGCCUGAGAGCCCUGUGCUUGCUUUUAUGUUCUGUUGUUGCCGUUUUAAACAAUGGGCCUGCAUUUUCAUCUCGCACAGAUUAUGACAUAGCUAACCCUUCCCAGAAGGUGUCUCGGAAGCUGGCUUGUACCACUGGAGUAGCAUCAUGGGCCUACCUCUUCUGGGAUUCUAGGCGUGCCUGGUUCUCUCAGGCAGGCAGCUCUCACCUCCCUGGGAGCUCUCCCCUGGUGUUUGGCCCAGUGUCCCUCAACUUACUGGACAGACCUUGCCUCAGGCCCACUGUAUCUUGCUUAGUGGCAUUGGGCUUGAGUCUGCAAACACACAUUGAGCACAGGCUCUAUGCCAGGCUUCAGCAUGCAGGAAUGGGGAAUGAGGAAGACUUUUGCUGGUGACCCCUCCAGGCUGCCUGGGCAGGGGGGUAGUGGAGGAAGGUCCUUGUGGCAGAGGGAACAUGUGACCUCAGGCUGUGUUUCUAUUCCUUGGUGGGUUCUGGAGAAGAGGAAGGGGUAGCUUGCAGCUCUCAGCCCACUGAGUGCGCUGCCGUGGGAAGUGGAAUCUUUAAAUAGCCUCUUGCUUUCCACUAAAAAUAGCGAAGUUCUGCUGCCAUGGAGGUGGUUGCCGGGGUGGCAGGUCUGGCUCCCAGCCAAAGCAGGCGUGGAUUGCCAGCAUAGCUGGUGUAUGCUGGGGCAGUGGGCGGGGCCGUAGACAUUCUCUCACCCUGCUGGCAGCCACGAUUACCCUGUCCUCAUGGUCCAGGCUGUUUUGGAGGUCCCCCAGCUCCACAAAGGGCCUAGGUGUCCAUGGUUGACACGAGCUGUGUCCCCAGUUGUUCCUGUCUACAAUGGUAUCAUCUUCCUCUUUGUCCUGGCCAACUUCAGCAUGGCCACCUUCAUGGACCCUGGCGUCUUCCCCCGAGCGGAUGAGGAUGAGGAUAAGGAGGAUGACUUCCGGGCUCCACUCUACAAGAACGUGGACGUACGGGGCAUCCAGGUCCGUAUGAAGUGGUGUGCCACCUGCCACUUCUACCGCCCGCCGCGCUGCUCCCACUGCAGUGUCUGUGACAACUGCGUAGAGGACUUUGAUCACCACUGCCCCUGGGUCAACAACUGCAUUGGGCGUCGCAACUACCGUUAUUUCUUCUUGUUCCUGCUGUCGCUCAGUGCACACAUGGUAGGCGUCGUCGCCUUUGGCCUGGUCUACGUGCUGAACCACGCCGAGGGCCUGGGAGCUGCCCACACCACCAUCACCAUGGCUGUUAUGUGUGUGGCUGGCCUCUUCUUCAUUCCUGUCAUUGGCCUCACCGGCUUCCACGUGGUACUGGUCACCCGGGGGCGCACCACCAAUGAGCAGGUGACGGGAAAGUUCCGAGGAGGUGUGAACCCCUUCACCCGAGGCUGCUAUGGGAAUGUGGAACAUGUGCUAUGCAGCCCCCUGGCACCCCGGUAUGUGGUAGAGUCACCUCGGCUGCCACUUGCCACUCGCCUGAAGCCACCCUUCCUUAGGCCAGAGCUUCUGGAGCGAUCCGCACCACUUAAGGUCAAACUUAGUGACAACGGGCUGAAGGCCAGCCUGGGCCACAGCAAGUCUAAGGGCAGCCUUGAUCGGCUAGAUGAGAAACCAUUGGACUUGGGGCCGCCACUGCCCCCCAAGGCAGAGGCCAGCACAUUUAUCAGCGACCGACAGACACCACGGCCUGGCAGUGCUGAGAGUGCCCUGUCAACACAGAGGACCAACCCUCCAACACCGGCCAUGUACAAGUUCCGACCCACCUUUCCCACGGGUCCCAAGGCACCCUUCUGCGGGCCUGGUGAGCAGGUCCCUGACUCCCUGACGCUAGGGGAAGAAAGCAUCCACAGCCUGGACUUUGUCUCUGAGCCCAGCCUGGACCUCCCUGACUACCCGCCUAGCAACCUGCACGUGGCCUACCCACCAUCCCCGCCACUCAGUGCUGCUGGCACUUUCUCUGGCGCCUUGCGCUCUCUGAGCCUCAAGGCUACAGGCCAGCGGGGCAGGGACCAGGUGGCCCUGCAGCCCCUGCGUUCUGAGGGUGGGCCCCCCACGCCCCACCGCAGCAUCUUUGCUCCCCAUGCACUGCCCAACCGCAAUGGCAGUCUAUCCUACGAUAGCCUUCUUAACCCCGGCUCGCCUGGUGGCCACAUGUGCCCAGCCCACCCCUCAGCUGGUAUGGCCGGCUAUCACUCACCCUACCUGCAUCCAGGGGCAAUGGGGGACCUACCACGGCCCCCAACCUGCAGCUUCAGCCCUGUGCUGGGGCCCCGUCCCCGGGAACCCUCACCUGUGCGCUAUGACAACCUUUCCAGGACCAUCAUGGCUUCCAUCCAGGAGCGCAAGGACAGGGAGGAGCGUGAGCGGCUGCUGCGCUCUCAGGCCGACUCACUCUUUGGGGAUUCAGGCAUCUAUGAUGCGCCCAGUUCAUACAGCCUGCAGCAGGCCAACAUGCUGUCUGAGGGGCCCCGUGGCCCUAUGCUGCGCUAUGGCUCCAGAGAAGACCUGGUGGCUGGGCCUGGUUUUGGUGGUGCCCGCAAUCCGGCCUUGCAGACGUCACUGUCCUCCCUGUCCAGUGCCGUGAGCCGAGCGCCUCGGACCUCCUCUUCCUCCCUGCAGGCCGACCUAGCCAACAACAAUGCCCCGGGGCCCCGGCCCAGCAGUGGCUCCCACAGGUCACCGGCGCACCAGGGCCCACCCUCCCCGCCUGGCACUCCCCGCUCACCCUCCUAUGCGGGCCCCAAAGCCGUUGCCUUCAUCCAUACGGACCUCCCAGAACCGCCACCCUUGCUGGCUGUGCAGAGGGAACACCCUCAGCUGAAGACCCCCCCAAGUAAACUUAACGGGCAGUCUCCUGGCCUGGCCCGCCUGGGACCUGCCGCUGGCUCCCCAGGGCCUUCCGCCAACCCUGCCCGGCACACGCUUGUUAAGAAAGUGUCCGGUGUGGGUGGGACCACGUACGAGAUCUCGGUGUGAGGACUGACAGUGGCACUGCUGGGACCGGGAACCCCCAUCGGCUGCCCCCACCCCCCAACUUCACUGCCCUGGGAAAGGAGAAGGCCCAGGCCUGGUGUGUGGAUCCAUCAGCAAGAGAGAGAGCCACGCCUCCACAAGCCAGUCCCUCGCCCUCCAUCCCUUCAGCCACCCACCUGCUCAUGAGGGCAUGGCUGGGCCAAGGAUGGCAGCUUCUGCCUCGGUCCCCUGCUCUGUGAACUGGGGCAGUCUGGGGUCACAGAUUGCAUCUGCAUGGACUGUCCCCAUGUCCCUGAGGUUGCUGCCAGGCCAGUUGCUAUCACCCACUACCCUUAGAGAUGGGUCCCUGUGGCUUAGAGACAGACAGACAGACAGGCCUGGCCCAUGGCCCUCCUCCCAGACCACAGGCUGUGCUGCUCAGCUGCUCUUAACGGUUGCCUUUCAGGGGCCCUGUGGGAAUCUUGUAACUUGACAAGACCAGCUCUGACCCACAGGCACCUGGCCUGCUCUGGGUUCUGGCAGACAGGUAGAUGGACGGACAGACAGCCAACUGUGGGUGGAUCUGGCUCCAUGUGUCCUGUCUCACCCAGCUGGUGGGCACGUCCCCAUGUCUGUGCUCUGAGCUGCCCUGCCAUGUCCCAUGUGCUAAUGCUUGGGCCCCCUGCCCCCACCGCUUUCAUUGAAGCCUUAACCUCUACUUUAUGCUCUUGUGGGAGGCAACGGGGGUAGGCAGGAGCAGGCAUGGGGCUGGAUGCUGCCACAGGGACCUGGUGAGACCAGAAGUCCCCUCCCUGCCAAACUGGAGAUUCCCCACCCCAUGUUAUGCAGCCCCGUUGGAGCUGUGAUGCCCAUGUGGGAUACACAUUGGGGUGGGGAGUCAGUUCCUCCUGGCACCAGGGACCCGAGAGUAAGCACACAGCAGCGUCUGCUUGCAUUGUGUCUGUUUUAUGUUUUUAUACCUACAUCUAUAUAUCUAUAAUUUUAUUAAAAAAAGAAAAAGAGUCAUUUUGAUCCUUUUGAUCCAAUAACAUUUUGAUCCAAUAACAGCAAGGAGAGGGCUGUUAUUGCCAACCUGGGGGGAGGGGGCAGAACAGGUCAGGCUCCAGGAGAGUGACUGGCAGCUGGCCAUCAGAGUUUUCCUCCUGGGCAUGUCCAUGGACUUAAGCUGAGUUGGAGAUUCGGGGGGUGGGGCUGGCCAACAGUUCUUUGACAAGCAUGAGGGUCCCCCGGGUCUGCGUCAUUCCUGGCAGUAAUGGUGUUUGGAGAAAGGCUGGGGCUGCAGACACUCCAGGGCAUCCCUAGUAACACAAAGGCUGGACUAGGGGUGCAUAAAUGGGCUCAUGCUGUCUUAGGACCCUGUGUGGGGGACCCUGACACUAUACUUGCUGGCAGUCAGCCCACACUCCCUGCCAACCUGCCAAAUGUUGUGGAUGGUAGAGUAUUGGUAACCCACAGCUUUUCAGGGCUUAGGCAGCUUAGACAGAUUGGGGUGCUGGGGCAAGGGCUGGCCCAGUGUAGGAGAUGAGCUGAGCUCAGUCCCUGCACCGGGCUGCCCUGUCCCCUGCUGACGUCCACCUUUCUACU